AUAAUAUUUAACGUUACUAAUAAAUAAAUCAUAUAAGUUUGUCGCUAAUAAUUAUUAUAGACAUGGUAAAAUUAUUAUUAACAAUUUCGAUAAUGCUCAUGGCGAAUAUGGUUGCCGCUGAUGAUGAUGCCUUAAAUGCAACUAGGUCGGCAAUAAAAUCCAUGAUUGAAAACGUGGCAGAUUCAUCCGGACAUGUUUACGGGGCAAAGGACAGUAAGGGUCGGUCCAUGGAUUGCAUCAAAAUCAUAGCCAACCCGGAGGUGAAGGGGUUUAUAGGGGUCUAUCAUUCCUAUGAGAACGGCAGCGCCCACUCACAUAUGGCUACCGCUGACAACGUGUUGGGCAAAUGGACGUGGAUUAGGGCCAUAGCCGGACCAGGAAUACAAGGUGCAAAUGCUAGUGCAACUCAACCUACAAUAGCAGUGGCAGAGGACGGGGGGUUUGUCGUGGCCUGGGAGCAGGAGCCCCACAACCACUUACAGUUUGCAUACUACAAAACCUGGGAUGACCUUGUUAACGGAAACAUAACCAAACAAUUCGCUGCACCCCAAACCCUAUCGAAAUGUGCCGAGGGCACUCCACACUUUUACUACGCCAGUAGCACCUACCUUGAUGUGGGACACCAUUUCUACAACAACUGCGACACGGACAGGGAGGCACGG